AAUCAUCGCCAUCGGAACUUCACACUGAUCAUCACAAUCAUCGUAACGCCGCCAUGAGAGGCCCUAGGCCGGAAGAUUUCGAGACGAAUCCAUCCACGCCGAUCACCGGCCAACCGACGCCGACGUACCCGGCCGGCGCCCGGAAGAAAGGCGUGGGCGUGAGGACAUGGCUGGUGCUCUGCUCGAGAGGCCAGGCGCAGACGACGGAAGUCGGCAAACACGCCAUCAUGCGGCGAACGGGGCUACCGGCGCGAGAUCUUCGGAUCCUCGAUCCGCUCCUGUCGUAUCCGUCGACUGUUCUGGGUAGAGAGAGAGCGAUUGUGAUCAAUCUGGAGCAUAUCAAGGCGAUCAUCACGGCUCAGGAGGUUUUGCUGCUUAACUCGAAGGAUCCUUCUGUGGCGCCGUUUAUCGAUGAGUUGCAGAGGAGGAUUCUCUGUCACUAUCGCGCUACUAAGCCUAAGGAGGAAGAGAACUAUGAGGGAGAGACUCGUAUGAGUAUGGAUCAAGCGCAAGGAGGAGGAGAUGGGACGCCAUUAUUAUUUGGGGAACAAGGGGAUGAAGCCAAGAAGGAUGCGAAGCAAAGCCUUGAGAAUCAAGAUGGAUCCAAGGUUCUUCCUUUUGAGUUUGUUGCUCUUGAAGCUUGUCUUGAAGCUGCAUCCAGCAGUUUGGAAAGUGAGGCCGUAAGAUUGGAGUUAGAGGCUCAUCCAGCCUUGGAUAAGCUUACUUCGAAGAUCAGUACCCUCAACUUGGAGCGGGUUCGACAGAUUAAGAGCAGGCUUGUUGCAAUAACUGGACGUGUUCAGAAGGUUAGGGACGAGCUAGAACAUCUGCUAGACGACGAUGAAGAUAUGGCUGAGAUGUAUCUUACAGAGAAGUUAGCUCAGAAACUUGAGAAUUCGUCAGCUUCCUCUAUGAACGAGAGCGAUACUGUCGAGGUUGAUCUUCCUGAAGGAGAUGAGGAUGACAGGCUUCCUGCGGAAUCUGCUUCGGAGUCUAACAGAGAUGAAAGCUACCUUCGAGCAAAUAAUGACGCCCACGAUCUUCUUAUGAGUACUCAUAGCGCACUUAGCAGAAACAGCCGUGGGACUCAUACUAGCUCAACCAGGAGUGCCAUGACCAACAAGUUCGACGUGGAAGAACUUGAAAUGCUUCUGGAAGCAUAUUUCGUGCAGAUCGAUGGUACACUGAACAAACUAUCAACACUAAGGGAGUACGUGGAUGAUACAGAGGAUUACAUCAAUAUAAUGCUAGAUGACAAACAGAAUCAUCUGCUGCAAAUGGGUGUGAUGCUAACGACAGCAACUCUGGUGAUGAGUGCGUUUAUCGCUGUGGCUGGAGUGUUCGGGAUGAACAUUAACAUAGAGCUGUUCAAGGAUGAGAAAGCUGGUCCCACGAGAUUCGCGUGGACUGUGAUUGGAGGUUUUAUCGGGAGUAUAUUCCUCUAUGUUGGUGCCAUCGGGUGGUGGAAGCAGAAGCGCUUGCUUGAAUGACUCAACCAACAAAACAUAUUGGGAAGAAUGAUGUUUCUUGCCAAAAUAUUUGUACACUAAUGAGAUUAUUUUAUGGGAUUUUAAUUUUCUAUUAUUGAGAAUAAUGGCCGUUACUAUAUUUGCAUAGUUAAAUUGUAAAACAGAGCAAAUUGGAAAUUACAUUACAUGAUUUUCUU